AUGCCCUUCAACCGUCCCACCCAGAACCCCAUGGAGGGCGUCCCCGCGCACAUCCUCGCCCUGCUCGACCGGCUGCACGCCGAGUCCCUCGACCAGGAGCGCAGCAUCGACCGCUCCGUCUUCGUCAACGCCACCAGCGAGGAGCAGAAGAAGGCCGUCGUGCGCGACAAGUUCAUCGCCCUCGACCAGGACAAGAGCCAGUACCUCUACGCGCUGUGCCGCGCCACCGACGCGCGCACCAUCGUCGAGGCCGGCACCUCCUUCGGCGUCAGCACCAUCUACCUGGCCCUGGCCGCGAGCGCCAACGCCGCCGCGGGAGGCAAGAAGGCCAACGUGAUCGCGACCGAGUACGAGCCGACAAAGGCGGCGCGCGCGAGGGAGUACUGGGCGCAGUGCGGCGACGUGGUGACGGGCGCGAUUGACCUCCGCGAGGGCGACUUGCGCGAGACGCUGCAGGAGAACCUCGAGGACGUGGACCUCUUGCUUCUUGAUAUCUGGACGGAAAUGGCCCUGCCGACACUCAAGAUUGUCCAGAAGAAGAUGCGCCGCGGCGCCAUCGUCAUUGCCGACAACACCACCGUGUCUGAAGGAUACGACGAGAUGCUGACGUACAUGCGUAAUCCCGAUAGCGGCUUCAUCACCAUGACGCUGCCGUUUAACCAGGGCCUGGAGUUCUGCGUCUAUCUUCCCAAGAACUAA